AUGUAUGCUGUGAGUGUUAGUGAUGAUGGUGACUGUUACCGGUGCUUUCCGCCCGACCCGGGCAUUGGUACUGCUGUGUCAGGUGCCAGUGAGGCUGCUGCUCUAGGUGCCAGUGCGUCUGUGCUCUCACGUGCUAGUGAGUCUGCCCUCUCAGGUACUGUGUCGGCUUCUGCCUCCCACACCUUCACCCUUGACUCUGGGGCGUCUCGCUCCUUCUUUCGGGACCGCACCACUCUCACGCCGCUUAGUCGGCCUGUUGCGGUGUCCCUGGCUGACCCCUCUGGGGGUCCUGUCCUGUCUCGUUUCUCCACAGUCCUCCCGUGUCCGGCGGCUCCCUCUGGCACCCUGACUGGUCUUUACCUCCCCUCGUUCUCUACGAACCUGGGCCCUGGCCCUGCCUGUGUCCCCUGUGUCGAGGGGCGCCAGCGUGCUGCCCUUCACUCCUCCCAGUUUCUUCCAUCAGAGGCUCCGUUGCAGACACUUCACAUGGACGUGUGGGGCCCUGCCCGCGUCCGUGGACUCGGUCACGAGCGCUACUUCCUGUUGGUGGUUGACGACUACUCGCGUUACACCACAGUCUUCCCCUUGCGCAACAAGGGUGAUCUCACUGAGGUGCUGAUCGACUGGAUCCGCGCAGCUUGUCUCCAGCUCAGGCAGAGCUUUGGCUCGGACUUUCCUGUGUUGCGUCUGCACUCGGACAGAGGCGGAGAGUUCUCCUCUGGCCUUCUGCGUGCCUUCUGUCGUGCGCGAGGCAUCCGCCAGACCUUCACGCUUCCGGACUCACCGCAGCAAAAUGGGAUUGCAUAG